GGUUUGAAGACAGGAGGAGGUGUUUUUAUUUACAUUGAUGGAGGAGCGGUUACAAAUCCCUUGGGAAAAGAUACUAAGACGGAGUUCUAUCUAGCGCAGACGCCGACCCAGCCAACCUCUGGGGUUAAUAAAGGUUAUGAAGUCUACUACCACAAUCACCUUUUCAAAGAGACGUUGCCUUGGAGACAACAUUUCUUCAUUAGACUGUGUGGAAAUGCCUGACAAAUGAGUGCUUAUAUUGUCCUCGAAAGAACAGAAAGCAUUUCAAAUAUUCCUUGAGUGUGCUUCCCCUUUCGUUAUCCCAGUAAUUAUGAAUCUUUUUCAAGCUUAGAACAUUUUUCUUAAAAUGAACCUCCCACUGUUCCUGGUGAUCUUGUUAUCAGAAGAGAUUGGCUUUGCAAAUGUUGGCCUUUUGGUCUUGGCACAAUCAAAUGAACGGCGUGUGGUGGCACACAUGCCUGGUGACAUCAUCAUUGGGGCUCUGUUCUCGAUCCACCACCAGCCCCCAGUUGACAAGGUGCAUGAGCGGAAAUGUGGCGAGAUCAGAGAACAGUAUGGCAUUCAGCGUGUCGAGGCAAUGCUCCACACCUUGGACCGCAUAAAUUCUGAUAGCAGGAUCUUACCAAAUAUAACCCUGGGCUGUGAAAUCCGUGACUCCUGUUGGCACUCUGCUGUGGCUUUGGAGCAGAGCAUUGAAUUUAUUCGAGAUUCUCUUGUUUCUUCUGAAGAAGAAGAGGGACUAAUGCGCUGCAAUGAGGAAGGCAACACUCAAGUGCGGACAAAAAAACCCAUUGUUGGGGUGAUAGGUCCUGGUUCUAGUUCUGUGGCUAUCCAAGUCCAAAACUUACUUCAGCUCUUUAAUAUACCUCAGAUUGCCUACUCUGCAACCAGCAUGGACCUAAGUGAUAAAACCUUGUACAAGUACUUCAUGCGAGUAGUUCCUUCAGAUGCUCAACAAGCUAGAGCAAUGGUUGACAUUGUUAAAAGAUACAACUGGACCUACGUUUCAGCAAUUCACACUGAAGGAAACUAUGGUGAGAGUGGAAUGGAAGCUUUCAAAGAUAUGGCAGCAAAGGAUGGCAUCUGCAUAGCCCACUCCUACAAAAUCUACAGCAAUGCAGGAGAACAGAGUUUUGACAAGCUGCUACGCAAGUUGCGGAGUCACCUUCCCAAAGCCCGUGUGGUGGCCUGUUUCUGUGAGGGUAUGACUGUCAGAGGGAUUCUCAUGGCUAUGAGGAGACAAGGCCUUGCGGGGGAGUUUCUGCUUGUUGGCAGUGAUGGUUGGGCAGACCGGUAUGAUGUCACUGAUGGGUUUCAAAGAGAAGCCACAGGAGGAAUAACUAUCAAACUGCAGUCUGCAGAUGUAAAAUGGUUUGAUGACUACUACUUAAGACUAAGACCUGAGACAAAUUUGAGGAAUCCCUGGUUUCCAGAAUUCUGGCAGCAUCGUUUUCAAUGUCGGCUCAAAGGGCAUCUUCAGGAAAACUUUAGAUUCAACCGCACUUGUAUCAGUCGCAUGUCACUGAAAGAACAGUAUGUCCAAGACACCAAGAUGGGCUUUGUGAUCAAUGCUAUUUAUUCCAUGGCAUACGGACUACACAAUAUGCAGCAGUCUCUUUGCCCAGGAUAUCUUGGACUGUGUGAUGCCAUGAAACCAAUCGACGGACGAAAACUGUUAGACUUUUUAAUGAAGACAAAUUUUACUGGUGUUUCGGGAGAGAGUAUCAAAUUUGAUGAAAAUGGAGACUCACCAGGAAGGUAUGAAAUAAUGAACUUUAAGAAAAUGGGAAAAGACUAUUUUGAUUACGUCAAUGUCGGAAGUUGGGAUAACAGCGGACUCAAAAUUGAUGAUGAUGAGAUCUGGCCGAGCAAGAGUGCCAUUAUCAGAUCGGUCUGCAGUGAGCCAUGUGACAAAGGCCAAAUAAAGGUGAUUCGAAAAGGAGAAGUGAGCUGCUGUUGGACCUGCACUCCUUGUAAAGAAAAUGAGUUUGUCUUUGAUGAGUACACCUGCAGGGCCUGUAUUUUAGGAUCAUGGCCCACUGAUGAUCUCACAGGCUGUGAUCCGAUCCCUGUGCAGUAUCUGAGAUGGGGAGAUCCUGAACCUAUUGCCGCUGUGGUCUUCGCCUGCCUUGGACUCAUGGCCACCUUCUUUGUGACUUUCAUAUUUAUUGUGUACCGUGACACUCCAGUGGUCAAGUCCUCCAGCCGAGAACUUUGCUACAUCAUUUUAGCUGGAAUCUGUCUGGGAUACCUGUGCACUUUUUGUCUUAUUGCCAAACCUCACAUUAUAUAUUGCUACCUGCAAAGAGUUGGCAUUGGACUUUCUCCUGCAAUGAGCUACUCAGCUUUAGUAACAAAGACCAAUCGGAUUGCCAGGAUCCUGGCUGGUAGCAAGAAGAAGAUUUGUACCAAGAAACCAAGAUUCAUGAGUGCCUGUGCUCAGCUCAUUAUUGCUUUCGUAUUAAUUUGCAUCCAGCUUGGCAUUAUUGUGGCCCUGUUCAUCAUGGAACCUCCUGAAGUCAUACAUGAUUAUCCCAGCAUUCGUGAAGUUAAUUUAAUCUGUAACACCACAAAUCUUGGUGUUGUGGCUCCUAUAGGCUAUAACGGUUUGUUGAUACUGAGUUGUACCUUCUACGCCUUUAAGACCAGGAAUGUCCCUGCCAACUUUAAUGAAGCAAAGUAUAUAGCUUUUACUAUGUAUACCACCUGCAUCAUCUGGCUAGCAUUUGUACCCAUCUACUUUGGUAGUAAUUACAAGAUUAUCACCAUGUGCUUCUCUGUUAGUUUGAGUGCCACAGUUGCCCUGGGCUGUAUGUUUGUGCCAAAGGUCUACAUCAUCCUUGCCAAACCAGAGAGGAAUGUUCGCAGUGCAUUCACUACUUCCACAGUCGUCCGAAUGCAUGUGGGCGAUGGAAAGUCAUCCUCAGCUGCGAGCCGCUCCAGUAGCCUGGUCAAUCUGUGGAAGAGGAGGGGCUCUUCAGGAGAAACUUUAAGCGAAGCAGCAAAUUCUCUACAUACUGUAAUUCAUCUCACCAGAGAGGAAGAAAAUCCCAACACUAGCUCAAAUGGCAAGUCAGUCACCUGGGCUCAGAAUGAGCGAAGCACCAGGGGGCAGCAUCUGUGGAAGCGGCUUUCCGUCCACAUCAAAAAAAGAGAAAAUGCCAACCAAACAGCUGUCAUUAAACCCUUUUCGAAAACUACAGAGAAUCGUUACAGCAGUGAUAACAUGCCUGAAACCAGUGCCAAAAUGCUAUAUGAGGUGUCCGAAGCUGAAGAACAUUAUCCUGCUCAAUAUCGCCCACAAACUCCUUCUCCAAUCAGCACAGUAAGUCAGAGAGCUUCAUCAGUCAGUAGAAAAGAGGAAGAGGCAGCCGCCUACCUUUCAGAGCACCCUCAAAGGAGUAAUUCUUCCCAGGGUUCACUGAUGGAGCAGAUCAGCAGUGUGGUGAAUCGUUUCACUGCUAAUAUCACAGAGCUGAACACCAUGAUGCUUUCUUCCUCUCCUCCAGGGACAACGAGAUCCACCAGCAUAUGUCCAUCCUAUUUAAUUCCUAGGGAGAUCCAGCUUCCCACCACCAUGACUACAUUUGCUGAGGUCCAACCCCUUCCUGCCAUUGAAGUCAAUGGGCGCUCUCAGCCUGCCAGCAAGACGUCCUCCACUAGCAUCAAAGAUGGCACCUCUGAGUCUUCUGCAGUCAAGACUGACUUUGAAGAGCUGGUGGCUCUCACUCCGCCUUCCCCUUUCAGAGACUCUGUAGACUCGGGGAGCACAUCUCCAACUUCUCCUGUUUCCGAAUCAGCUCUCUGCAUCCCUUCCUCCCCCAAAUACGAUAAACUGGUGCUGAGAGAUUAUAGUCAGAGCUCUUCUUCGUUAUGAACCGAGAAGUGGCACACAUACUCUUCAUGGUUAUAUGUACCACUGAAGCAACCAGAAGAAAAAAACAAGCCUAACAUAUUUAUUAUGUUUACAUGGAUUCAGCAGUGGCAAGGCAAAAAGGUUAAACACAACUGAACACUGUUGUGUUUUGUCAUUCAAACAUGAGUGUGUUCUGAAUAUGACUUACUAGUAUUUACUAUUUGCAAGGUGUCCAUUUAGUAGUGGCCUUAGUUACACAUGGGCUUUCAACUAAUUAGGGCAAUAGUGUUCAAAUGCUAGCACCAGUGGAUCAUUUUUGCUCAGGUUCCUUCCAUUUGUCUAUUUUGAAUUACUGUUGUUGCAUGUACAGUAGGAUGACCGUUAAGCGAUGUCAACUCUUUAAAUGUCUUUGUUACAGUGGAGCAUGCAAAGAUAAGCUACUCUAAAAACUAGACUAAAGCAGAAUAUACAGUGCCUGUUUGGGACAGUAACCUUAGCUGCAAUGGUCCAUUUGGUGCUGUGUUUGGGCAGCCCUUUUACACAUGUAAUAUGAAGAAGACAUUUUGGUAGAUUGUAUCACCAAAAAAAUCAGAUAUACUACUGCAUUGUGCUUUCCACUCAAGUUAGACUUCCCAAAGUAACCUUUUUAAAGGAGGGUUACCUGUUUUCUUUUCUUUCUCCAUUUGGCAACAACUAAUUUCCCAUGUUGGAACGUCAUUCUGAAUGUAUAUUUUCUAAAGAGGACUAAGUUAAUAUGGGACCAAACAUGCUUUGGAAAAUAUCUGAAAAAUAUCCAUUGCAACAGAAGUAUGAUUUGCUUUAGAGUAGAGCCAGUCAAUAUAGUAGUCAGACUCACCCAAAAAAAAAAAAGAAGAAGAACUGGGGUGAUGAGGCUUUGACUUGUCCCACCAACUGUAAGGCAAAAAGUUAAGGAAGAACCACCAGUAUAUAAGAAAAGCAAUGUGUCCUUAUUAAAUUUGUGAAGGAAAUUCUUAAACUAUAGGACAUUAUGUUUUAAUCUGUGCUUUCCAUCUGUUUCAGGUUUUCUGUGUGUGUGUGUGUGUGUAUGAGCGCAUAUAUGUUUUGUUUUUUAAAUAUAGCAUUAAAGAAAAGUACAUAACCGUGAAAAGAUUUUCCACAUCUACAAAAGAGGAAAUUAUAUGAAAUAAAAUGGCAUCUCUAUUCUACUAAAGAAUUCAUAUUUCGGUUUGGCAACACACUGCUUUUAUACAAGAAUUAAUUUCAUUGUAUUGUUAUUGGUAAUAUAAAUAUAUAAAGGGCAUGCUAAUAUUACCCGUCUCUAUUAUUUAAAUUAAUCUCAUUUGUUUCCAUGGAAAUUUGAUGUGUGUGUUUAUAUGUUUUAAACAAACUUGACUUGACAUCACAGUACAAAGAUUUUCCAUAUGUAUAUAUCAAAAAAUUUGUCUUAAAAUAUCAUUCCCAAUCUAAAAGAAAAAUCAACCUAUAAUCGUUACAUUUAUUUUAACUGAAUGUGUUUCAUUUUUUUCAUUUGUGGUAAUUUAAAUAUAAUGAACUCACUCAUAUUACCUAUCCACUUAAUUUAUCUAAUAUAAUUCCUUGGUUUGCUUUAAAUUAGAACCUUUAGUACAGUAAGCAGAAAUGUUAAUACAUUUUGCAUUUGAAAAUUCAUGUGUAAAAAGUCAAAAUUAAAUACAAAAGACAACAUUAAUUCACAAUCAUUUCAAAUGCUUAAAUCUUUAGAUUAUACAAUAAAUCCUUGGAUUAUACAAUUUGGUUGUUAUGAUUUGGAUUAUUAUCAUGAACAUCAUCACUCCUUUUUAAUUAACUGUUGAAAAUUAUUUUCAAAGAGGACUGAAUGGGGAGUCUAAAAUAAAAGCAAUAUUUACCAUUCAAAGAGUAAUACUGAGCACAGACAGGACGGGACAGCAUCAAAAAUGCUGUUACUGUACGUUCUGUUCAGGAGAAUUAAAAACAAUGUAUUUACACAGAAAAUAGGUUUCUCGUUUCAGCUGUAUAUUUAAACAAGAAACUUUUUCAGCAAAAAUGAUUUUAUAAAUAAGGUAUUGAGGUUAGAAACCAAUAACUUGGAAGUAAUAAUUAUAUUUGUCUGAACAAAUUAGGGGGUGCCAUUAAAAAUAUUUGCAAAUUGCGAAUUCAGUUCUAAACCAUUUUGCUUAAGGAAUAAAUGAAAAUAAUAUCAAGUAAUAUCUAUGGUCAGAAGCACACUAACACAGAAUAUAUGAUGCAUAUACAUACAUAUACUUCAGUUUUCUUUAUAUUGGUACUCCGUAACCUUUCAGUCAUAUUCUGCUCAAAUCUCAAAUUUACAGGGUAAGAACAUGUAAAAAAGAAGCAAAAAAAAAAA